AUGAAUGUCACAUAUUAGGAAGACUUCGAUAAAAAUAUUACUAAAUUUACGCUUUAAUAAAGAAGCAUAAUUUAUGAGUUUAAGCAAGAAGAUUAGCAGAUUCUUAAAGAUUGGGUAAAAAUUCUGAAUAAGUAUGUCAUUCGAAUAGAUUAGCCAAGUAAAUACAUCAUUACAAAAGCUUUGGGCAAAGGUUCAUAUGCCAAUAUGAAGACUGAGAUAGAGAUACAUAGAAAGCUUAAUGUUUGCCUCAAUGCCAUUAAGCUAUACAAAGUUUAUGAAAGUAACUCUUAGUUUCAUCUGAUGAUUGAGUAUCAGGAAGGAGGAACAUUGCUAGAUCAGAUUAAAAAUUAGUUUAAAUAUGCUGAGAUAGAUAUUAGAACAAUAAUUGCUUAAGUAUUAUUAGCUGUAGACUUUAUGCAUAAGCGGGGAGUAAUUCAUAGAGAUCUUAAACUAGACAACAUCCUCUUAAACACAUCUGUCCCUGGUGUGUUUGAUGUGAGAAUUGCUGAUUUUGGUCUUGCAGCUCAAUUUAAGCCUGGUGAAUUACUAUUUUAAAAAUGUGGUACUCCAACUUAUAUAGGGCCUGAAGUAUUGAAUGGAAGAGGUUACAAUGAAAAAACAGAUAUCUUCAGUGUUGGCUCUAUUAUGUUUAAUCUUGUUUCUGGAAAAUACUUAUUUUAAGGCAAAGAUUAAGCAACGCUGUUGUAGCUAAAUCAUCAAUGUGAUUUAACACAUGUCAAUCAAUAUAUUAAAACCAUUAGCUAAGAAGGCCAAGACUUUUUGUUGAAAUUAAUGGCGAAAGAUUUUUCUCUUAGACCUUCAGCUUAGGAAGCACUUUCACAUCCUUGGUUUUAAUAGGACAGGGCUGCACUUUUAGAUGGUAUUUUGAUAAACAACUAUCUCUGUGAAAUUGAGUUAAAAAAGUUGACCUUAAUAAACGACAGUUUAAUUUUUAGGCUUUAACCUUUACCAUCAGCAAAAAGGAAUAAAAAAAAGAGUUCUGCAUUGAUAAGUCAAUUUUCGGCCAAUAAUCUGAGUUCAUUUUUUAAAUAAAGUAAUAAGUUUCAGUCAAACAGUAAAAAUGAUGAUAGUUAAAGUCAAGUUAGUUACUAUAAAAUUAUCUAGGGUCAUAGAAAUUCCAAUUCAAACUCAAAGGGAUCUAUUCCUUCAAGAGCAUUAAGUAACUAUCAAAAUGGUUAUAAUGAAUCUCAAAUGUUGGUCCCGAAGUUAUAAAAGAGAAAUAAUAGUAAUGAAGAUAGUAAUUAGCGAAUGCAAUAAAGAUUACUAGAUAAAAACAAAUUGAGAAAAAGCAAAUUUUCAAGAGAUGGCAGGUCCAAAAAUGCCAGUAGGUAAGCUAGAGGUGAUGAUGAUGAGCCGAUAAUGGUGAAUGUAUCACUAGCCUCAGAAUCUAAUAAGAGUGGGAAGCUUUAGAAAAACAAUCACCACAGACUUAGACUUUAGGAAUCAGUAAAAUCAAACAGUAACGAUUGGAAUGUUAGCGAUAUAGACGCUGAUGAGUUGUUUGUAACCAAGAGGAAUAUCAGAGAUACUUUUGAAUGUCUCAGUAGUGACAGUAGAUAGAACUAGGCAAGAAGCUUGAAAUUCUUGGCAAAUAAAAAUGUGCCCUAGUUGCGGAGGAUUCUCGUCGAUAGUCUUAACAACCAAUCUUUGUGA